CAAAGCACGGAGCUAUUUACCUUUCUUAAACUUACUCUUAAUCUGUUUACUUAUGAUUUCUUUGGUUUUGCGUGUCUUAGUCGUUACCCCGAGAAGAACCUAGCACUGUUUAAGCAAGAGACUGUCCGGUACAUUUAUUGAAACAGCAGUCCGGUGUUUGCAUUAAAGCAAACAAUGUCAAGCAACAAUGGAUCACAUUAGCUACAUGUAACUGGACCUAAAUAAUAUCUUUAGACGUUCAGAGGUGAGGUGUGGUUCUUCAUAUCACACAGUUAUGCCGUGACCGACUCCCACACUCCGAUGGCAGCCCUCGAACAGCUUUGCAAAAUGUUACACGCUAAGGAAAAUAUUUUGACCGUGAGGAAAUACCACAGUGACUUAUACAUUAUAUCGUGAAAAUGGGAAAAAAAGAAAUACGAGAUGGAACCACAGGGGCUGUCCAAUCCAGCGUUCUCGGAUGAAAAAGACUCCCAGAUAAAUUCUCGCUAUAGAGAGAUGUCUUCCACAAAGGAUGACAAGGCUAGCCGAAAGAGGAGUACUUGGUGUUGGUGCCUUGUGUUUCUGUUGCUAUUCUUUAUACUUGGCGCACUGGUGGCCCUCUUAGCUGUCUUCACGGUUGCUAAUGGGAAGUCUUUGGGUUUUGAACAGCCGCCAUCUGCAAUACCUGAAUCUACAACAGUGCCCGGUCUACCGACUACGGGUCCUGAACUAGCUGCUGUUCCACUAGUGCAGACGAAUAAUGGGGCCGUGCGGGGAAAAGUAAUACAGACUCCAGAGGGCCGAUAUGUUCAACGGUACCUUGGGAUACCCUUUGCCAAGCCCCCAGUUGGUCAGCUGAGAUUUGCUGAUCCCAUGCCUGCCGAUGCUUGGCAAACCGAGUAUGAAGCAUUUGAGUAUGGAAAUUCUUGUAUCCAGUUUCUAGACGAAACAUACGGUGAUUUCAAAGGCUCCAACAUGUGGAAUGCACAAAAUACAUUGAGUGAGGACUGUCUAUACAUGAACAUUUGGGUACCCCACCCCAGACCCAAAGAUGCGACAGUGAUGGUCUGGAUAUACGGCGGUGGGUUCUAUGGCGGCAGCAGUGCCCUAUCGGUGUAUGACGGACAGGUGUUAGCGGGUCACACCAAUGUAAUUGUGGUCUCCUUCAACUACAGAACCGGGUCUUUGGGGUUCCUUAGCACCGGGGAUGGUAGGAUCAAAGGAAACUUCGGGCUCAAAGAUCAGGUGCUCGCUUUAGAAUGGAUCAACCAAAAUAUCAAAGCUUUCGGUGGUAACCCAGAAGACGUUACAUUAUUUGGCGAAAGUGCUGGUGCCGCCAGCAUAGGCUUUCAUUUACUUUACCCAAAGAGCAGCAAUUAUUUCAAACGCGGUAUACUCCAAAGCGGCUCUCCUACCGCAUUCUGGGCUCUCAUGAGUGCCGAACAAGCCAAGAAAAGAUCACAGGAUUUUUUCAAUUCCCUAAAAUGCCCAAAUGACGCUAAAAUUUUGGACUGUCUACGCGCUAAACCCACCAACGACAUUCUUAAUAACGAAUGGGUUGACGCGAGGUUUUUGGUUUUUCCAUGGGCACCUGUCGUAGACGGCGAGGUCGUCCCGUUGCACCCUGAUCGGAUGCUUGAGUUAGGAUUGUUUCAAAGAAAAGACAUUUUAGCUGGAGUGAACAAGGACGAAGGAACAUUUUGGAUUUUAUACGGUGUUGACACAUACACAAGACAGGAUCCAAGCGCUCAAACGGCAGAACAAUUAAAGGCAGCUAUUAAUGUUACUCAGUGGAAUCUACCUGCUGAUAAUAAAACAUCUCUUUUUUCUUAUUAUACCGCCGAUAACCCCAAGAACAGCACAAUUAAAUAUAGGGAUGCUUUAGACGACAUAGUUGGCGACAGAAGUUUUAUUUGUCCCACUAAAACAUUCUCAGGGACUUACACCUCUAUCGGUCUGAAAACGUACUUCUACCAACUGACUCACAGGGCCUCCAACGAGGUGUGGCCUGAUUGGAUGGGUGUUAUCCAUGGGGCAGAUUGUCAGUGGGUUUUUGGAAUGCCUUAUUUUCCAAGUGAGAAUUUUACAUCAUCGGAACAGAAUUUUUCAGACAAAAUCAUGAGAUACUGGACAAAUUUUGCAAAGACUGGGAAUCCAAAUGCAGCUGGGUUGCCAAGAUGGCCGCUCGAAGAUUCAUUGACGCGCCAGUAUCUAGAGCUCCGGUCACCAGAUAAUUUUGUCAUCGGGUCUUCGCUCCGACAAGCAGAAUGUGCUUACUGGAGAGAUGAAAUAAAAGAUUACUAGACAAGAAAACACGGGAUUAUUUAACCCAUUACUAUAAAUACCUCACUUAAAUGAGACAUGAUGUAAAUGCAGAAUCCACUUCGAACUGUAAAUAUUAGAAUGUAGAAGAGUGUGUUUAUAACCUCUUUGGUAUGUUAUACUGCGGAGUUAUUAGUGUAAAUUUUCAUUUUAUUACUUAGGUUAAAAAUGCAACCGAAGAUAUUCCCAUGGGCUUCUAAAGAAAAUUCUGAGAAGACCCCUAAGACCCCAUGAUGGCACACAAUAGAGAACCUUUACAUUGUGUUUUGUUUCUUCGCGUUCAUGUGAAUAACCCCUGCGAAGUAAGCCAGAAAAAAUGUACUAAUAUUUGGAAUAAUAUUACUGUUGGCAUUUAUAUUAUGAACUGUGUUUUUGAUAUAGAUAACAGGAGCGGAUCCAGGAUUAUUUGUGUGU